AUGCAUACGUAUAAAAAAUAUUAACGUCCCUUCCAAUCCUUCACUCUCUCUCGCUUUCUCCAAAAUUCCAUUUCCAUAGAGCUCUCGAGAUCUCUAUUUGGUGCUCAACUCUCCUAAACAACGCUCUCUUCUCUGUUUCUCUCUAUAAGAGUUAAAACCCGGAAUCCAAUAUCAUUGGAUCUUUGUUCAUUCACUAGUUUUGUGAUCUGGGUUUUCCAGAUCUGAUGCCAAUCACCUCAAAGAUGGAUUCGUUUACUCAUUUUAAGAUCUGGGUUUUGACGUUUUGCUUAAUUUUCCAAUCUGGAUACGGGUUUUACCUUCCUGGCAGUUACCCCCAUAAAUACAAUGUCGGUGAAACUUUAUCAGUGAAGGUGAAUUCCAUUACUUCUAUUGAUACUGAGAUGCCUUUUAGCUAUUAUAGUUUACCGUUUUGUGAGCCUACUGAGGGUGUCAAAGAUAGUGCUGAAAAUCUUGGUGAGCUCCUUAUGGGAGAUAGGAUUGAGAAUUCACCAUAUAGGUUUAGGAUGCAUGUGAAUGAAAGUGAGAUCUUUUUGUGUCGAACUGAGCCUUUAUCUGCUGAUAGCUUUAAGCUUUUGAAGAAAAGAAUUGAUGAGAUGUAUCAGGUUAACUUAAUUCUUGAUAAUUUGCCCGCUAUAAGGUAUACUAAGAAGGAGUCAUACAUGUUGAGGUGGACUGGUUAUCCUGUUGGAAUUAAGGUUCAGGAUGCUUAUUAUGUGUUUAACCAUUUGAAGUUUACAGUUCUUAUUCAUAAGUAUGAGGAGGCCAAUAUGGCACGUGUGAUGGGUACUGGAGAUGCUGCAGAGGUUAUUCCUACGAUUGCAAAUGGGGGAUCAGAUGUCCCUGGUUAUAUGGUUGUAGGUUUUGAAGUGGUUCCUUGUAACUUCCCACAUAAUGUUCAGUCAGUGAAGAACUUGAAAAUGUAUGACAAAUACCCAUCUCCUAUUAAAUGUGAUCCCACCACUGUUGCUAUGCCAAUUAAGGAGAAUGAACCGAUUGUUUUUACCUAUGAAGUUACAUUUGAGGAAAGUGAUAUUAAGUGGCCAUCGAGAUGGGAUGCCUAUUUGAAGAUGGAGGGAUCAAAGGUCCAUUGGUUCUCAAUCAUGAAUUCUCUGAUGGUUAUCACCUUCCUUGCUGGAAUUGUCCUUGUCAUCUUUCUAAGGACUGUGAGGCGGGAUCUUACCCGUUAUGAGGAGCUUGACAAGGAAGCUCAAGCACAGAUGAAUGAGGAGUUAUCUGGUUGGAAACUUGUUGUCGGGGAUGUUUUCCGUGCCCCAACCAAUCCCUCACUUUUGUGUGUAAUGGUUGGAGAUGGAGUUCAGAUACUUGGAAUGGCAGUCGUGACAAUCAUGUUUGCUGCACUUGGAUUCAUGUCACCGGCUUCCCGUGGAACUCUUAUAACAGGUAUGCUUAUUUUCUACAUGAUUCUCGGUAUUGCAGCUGGCUAUGUUGCAGUUCGCCUUUGGAGGACCAUUGGAUGUGGCGAUCACAAAGGUUGGGUGUCAGUCUCCUGGAGAGCCGCUUGCUUUUUCCCUGGUAUUGCCUUUUUUAUCCUAACCCUUUUGAAUUUCCUUCUAUGGGGUAGUCAUAGCACCGGUGCCAUUCCAAUCUCUUUGUAUGUCAUUUUGAUUCUGCUCUGGUUCUGUAUCUCUGUUCCCCUUACCCUAAUUGGGGGUUACUUUGGGGCUAAGUCACCCCAUAUCGAAUACCCUGUUCGAACCAACCAGAUCCCCAGGGAAAUUCCAGCUCAAAAGUACCCAUCUUGGCUUCUUGUUCUUGGUGCCGGAACUCUACCCUUUGGUACACUCUUCAUUGAGCUCUUUUUUAUCAUGUCUAGCAUUUGGAUGGGCCGUGUGUAUUAUGUUUUCGGGUUUCUCUUGAUUGUUAUGGUCCUUCUCGUGGUGGUUUGUGCCGAGGUAUCUCUUGUUUUAACUUACAUGCAUCUCUGCGUGGAGGACUGGAAAUGGUGGUGGAAGUCCUUCUUUGCUUCUGGUUCAGUGGCUAUUUAUAUUUUCUUGUACUCCAUUAACUAUCUUGUAUUCGACCUCAAGAGCUUAAGCGGACCGGUCUCUGCAACACUUUACCUGGGUUAUUCUCUUGUAAUGGUCCUAGCGAUUAUGCUUGCAACAGGAACAGUUGGGUUCCUUUCGUCGUUCUGGUUCGUGCAUUAUUUGUUCUCAUCAGUGAAGCUGGAUUAAACGAGUCCUACUGCUACUGUCUGAAAAGAAAACAAUAGAUACUAUCAUGUUUUACUUGAAUCUUUUUGAGUUACUUUUAUUAGGGAGCUUACUAUAAUGUAAUAACAAUAAUUUCAUAAGAUAUUGCAUUAUUCUUUAUUAGAUGGGAGAUCUUCUUUCAUUUGCUAA